AUGGAAGAACUUACGGCGUUCGUCUCGAAGUCUUUUGACCAGAAAGUGAAGGAGAAGAAGGAGGCUAUCACGUACCGGGAGGUGCUGGAGAGCGGGCCGCUGCGCGGGGCCAAGGAGCCGGCCGGCUGCGCGGAGCCGGGCCGUGACGACCGCAGCAGUCCCGCAGUCCGGGCGGCCGGCGGAGGCGGCGGCGGCGGCGGAGGAGGAGGCGGAGGCGGAGGAGGUGGAGGAGGUGCAGGAGGAGGAGGAGCGGGCGGAGGAGCUGGAGGAGGGCGCUCUCCCGUCCGGGAGCUGGACAUGGGCGCCGCCGAGAGAAGCAGGGAGCCGGGCAGCCCGCGGCUCACCGAGGUGUCCCCGGAGCCGAAGGAUCGCAAAGAGGAUGCGAAAGGGAUGGAGGACGAAGGCCAGACCAAAAUCAAGCAGAGGCGAAGUCGGACCAAUUUCACCCUGGAACAACUCAACGAGCUGGAGAGGCUUUUUGACGAGACUCACUACCCGGACGCCUUUAUGCGUGAAGAACUGAGCCAGCGGCUGGGGCUGUCCGAGGCCCGAGUGCAGGUUUGGUUUCAAAAUCGAAGAGCUAAAUGUAGAAAACAAGAAAAUCAACUGCAUAAAGGCGUCCUCAUAGGGGCUGCCAGCCAAUUUGAAGCUUGUAGAGUAGCACCGUACGUCAAUGUAGGUGCUUUAAGGAUGCCAUUUCAGCAGGAUAGUCAUUGCAACGUGACGCCCUUGUCCUUUCAGGUUCAGGCUCAGCUGCAGCUGGACAGCGCCGUGGCGCACGCGCACCACCACCUGCACCCGCACCUGGCCGCGCACGCGCCCUACAUGAUGUUCCCCGCGCCGCCCUUCGGACUGCCGCUCGCCACGCUGGCCGCGGACUCAGCUUCUGCCGCCUCCGUCGUGGCUGCCGCAGCUGCCGCCAAGACUACCAGCAAGAACUCCAGCAUCGCGGAUCUCAGACUGAAAGCCAAAAAGCACGCGGCCGCCUUGGGUCUGUGACGCCAACGCCAGCGCCAACGUCGCGCCUGCAGCACGGCGCGCAGCCUGCACGCCCUCCGAGCCCCGCUGCUUCUCCGUUACCUGCUCCGGACCUCGGGAGCCGAGCCUCUUUCCACCCGGCUGAUCGCCCCUUGCCCCAUUCCACAUCCCGGACUCGGAGGGCGUGACCUGGGAUCCCAAGAGGGGCACCAGCUCCGUGGCUCCUGACCAUUCACCUACCCAAGGGCCUAGAAUUUGGCUUUGUAGGGCUGGGUUUGGGAGGUCUGGAGAGAGACUGGACAAGGGAGUGCUGGGACAGCGGAGUGUGGCUCACGGCAAAACUGCAACGAUGGACUCUUGCGUAGAAAUAAAAAUCCUGUUAAUAAAAAAUGAGGGGAAAAAAGGUAGAAAAGACAAACCAGAGAGAAAUAGAGAAAGGGAACUUAUUGCUAUUCGUCAGAAGCUGAAAUCGGAGAGAGAACCAAGGAACAAAAAAGAAAAAAAUUUAAAGUAUUUUGUACAUUA